UGCGCCAUCUUUGACGACAAAUAGCCCGUCUAUGUUGUUUUCGGAAAGUAUCGAAAAGUAUGAUAGAAGACUGGAUCUCCUAAAAUAACCGAAGCAUUAAUUUGGCAUUUGCCUUAUUUUACGUGGUAUAAUACCGUACAAGUCGUCUGGAGAACAUUUUUGUCGAGAUGUCACUUGUAGAUUUGGGAAAGCGCUUGUUGGAGGCAGCUCGUAAAGGACAGGAUGAUGAAGUGAGGUUGCUAAUGGCUAAUGGAGCUCCUUUUACAACAGACUGGCUGGGGACCUCACCACUGCAUUUAGCAGCACAGUAUGGGCAUUACUCCACCGCUGAGGUGCUCCUCCGUGCUGGGGUGAGUAGAGAUGCUCGCACUAAAGUGGAUCGGACCCCUCUCCACAUGGCUGCUGAAGAGGGCCACUCAAGCAUCGUUGAAUUACUGGUCAAGAGUGGAGCAGACAUCAGUGCCAAAGACAUGCUGAAAAUGACUGCCCUACACUGGGCUACAGAACACGGGCACAGAGCGGUCGUAGAGCUGUUGAUUAAAUACGGUGCUGAUACUCACUCCCUGAACAAGUUUGACAAGACGCCUUUCAACAUCGCCGUGGACAGAGGAAACACUGAGUUGAUGCUCUUGUUGCAGGAUGGAAUGCAGAAUCAAGUAAACAUGAAUCCAGAGAGGACUAUCCUAAGCAGCCCAUCUCCUGCCACUGCCAGCCCUCAGUUCAUCAUCUCAUCAUCAGGAGUGGUUAAUCUCUCUGAUCUUGUUCUCACCAAUGCUAAAACGAACACAGAGAAUGUGAUUUCUGCUGACUCAGUGGAUUCGGCUAUUCAGCAACUUGUAGGGGAAGAUGGCCAGAGAGUUAUCACCAUAGUAACAGACCAACAGGGCAACCUGCAUCCUGGCAACCUUGGACAGAAAUUCUUCGUCACAAUGCAAGGGCAGCAAAUAGUUGCAGUGCCCGCUGGUCAGAUUUCUGAGGAAAUCGUCACAGAGGAAACCAAACCAGUUCCAUCAAGGAAGAGGAAAUUUGAAUCAACUAUCAACCACACUGAUACCAAACCUAAGGAGCUGACUGAGAAGGACAGUCGGGAACAGUUGGAGCUGCAGCUGAAGGAGGCAAACAGAAAAGCCCAGGAGUACUGGCAGCAGUUACUCCGGAAGGAGCAGGAAGCUGAGCAGUACAGGCUUAAACUGGAGGCCUUUUCCAACGGGCAGACCAAUGGCACCAGUGACGAGCCCGAAGAGGAAGUGGUAUUUCAGGAAGAGGAGGAGGAGGUGGUUGGUGGAGAGGAAGUUGUGUUGCCAGAGGGGGCGAUCAUCAUUAAGGAGGAGGCCAUUGACUCCAGUUUGUCAGACGAAACUGUGGCAUUAGUAGAUGCAGGAGAUACCACAGGCAUCUCUGAGGCCACACUGUAGCAGUGAACUCAAAGACUCAAACACUCAGGAAUUAGAAACACUCUUUUAAUCUGUUUACCUGGAGUGUGAUUUUGUAUUUAUUUAUUUUAAAUAACCUUUUUUUACUCAUAGACAUACUUGCAGACAUUUAGGUGGCAACAACAAUGCUGAAGUGUUUAGAUUGAUAGAAUAGGGAGAGCAGAAGUGAUGAGUCAUUUUAAAAAGGAUUUGUUCCCCAAAAAAGGAAAAUUCUGUCCUCAUUUACUCACCCUCAUGUCAUUGCAAACCUGUAUGACUUUCCUCAGUGGAUCACUUGAGAUUUUAUUCAAGAAUGUUGACGCUGCACUGUUUUUCCCAUACAAGGAAAGUGAAUAGUGACUGAGGAUGUCAGUUCUCUCUCUCUCUCUCUCUCUCUCUCUCUCUCUAUCCAUCUAUUUUCAUUUAUUUAUUUUUUUUCAUAGUCAUAAGGAACAACAUAAGAGUGGGUAAAUAAUGACAGAAUUUUCAUUUUGGGAGUGAAAUAUCCCUGUAGUGCUUUUAAUGAAGACACAUUAUGAACCUUUAAUACUUCAGUCCAGUACAAAGUGGGUACUAACUACAUCAUAGUGUACAAUAACAGUGGAAUAUGACACUUUGAGUGUUGCAGAGCAUUAACAGACUUAAAAUGCCUUUAAAGAGACUGUCAAGUUAACUAAAUGGAGGAACACCGAGCAAAGAUUAGCCAACUGUUGAACAGUAAUUUGUUGGCAUUGGGUGGUGGAAUUGGUUCUAAGUAGCUAUGCAUUUACUUAGUAAAAAAAAACUUUAAUAAUUUUAGUUGUUGCUAAUCAUAACUGUUACUCCUUUCAGAGUAUAAAAUUAGCAUUGGCUGUUUCAUCUUUAUUUUAUCUUUGUUCUUUUGAAUACACUAAAUCAAGAUAUCCAUUAAAUUUUUUUGUGCUCUAAAAAUUAUGCAAUGUUCCUGGUCAUGUGACCGUUUUGUCUGUUCUCAUAAUAUAGUGAAAUGCUGCUGUGUUUCCAGAAGUUAGCAGCUUUUACAGUUAAAUGGUUAGUUCACCUUAAAAUGAAACCCGAUCAGAUUUACUCACCCUAUUUUUCAGGUUUGGAACAACAUCAAGUUAAGUAAAUGAUGACAAAUUGUUCAAUUAUGGCUAAACUAUCCCUGUAAACUUUCAGUGAAGUUAUAUUAUCAGUUGUGUUUUUUCGGAAGUAACAUCUCUCUUAGCAGGUUUAAAAAUGUGAAUUAAUACAGCAUACCAUUUUUCAGAACUAGACCUCACAUCACAAAGUUUUCCAGGUAGCCAGCUGGCGUUUGAUAUUUCCAUUGAAUUUUAAGGGAUUGCAUUAACUGUAUUGUACAUGCUUUAUUCCUCUUUCAUGCUCUGUACAUAUGCAAUUCCUUCUUAACCCACAAACAUUAAGUCUCGAGUUAUUUGUUAUUUUGCUAUUUUUCUGCUUAUGCAUAGGAUGUAAUCAGAAGAGAUAUAUCAGUAAAAAUAACAAUCUUACAUUAACAUUAUGUCAUUGGUAAUCACUUUAAAAAUGUGUUUGUCAGACACAAAGCAAAGUUUGUUUACGCUUUUACAUUGGGCUUCACUAUUUGAAUUUUAAUGUGAUGGGGAAAAAAAUAUUUUGUGGCUUGGACUUUUGCUGGCUUUUUAGGCAGAUGCACACUUUGUCCGUCAGUUUUAUUGUUUGUAUAUAUUUACAUAUAUAUUUUUGUAAUGAAACAAUUGGGGACUGUCUUUAGUGCACUUGCAGUUACAUUUUAUUAUAUUUACAGUCAAAAUAAAUGUUU